CUCUCUUAUCUCUCUCUCUCUCUCUCUUUAGUUUUUGUUUUUCUCAUCUUCUUCUUCAUCAACCUCCUUUGUCCUUUCUUCUUCAUUGAUUCUGUCUUAAACAAGUAAAUAGACCCGAGCCCUCCAAUAUCAGGAGUUCAGAGAAUAUUAUAUUGACUGACUCAAAUGCGAGUGGAAAGACGCACACCCAUGUAUAGCUUCUCUUUUGGGUCAGCAUUUUCUCAGAGUCUAUCAAAGAAAGAGGUCAGAAGUGCUGUGAAAAUUCUCGACAAACAGACAAAGAGUACCAACUGAUAUGAUGGAGUCGAUGGAGUCAUCUGUCCCACCCGGUUUCCGGUUUCAUCCAACAGACGAGGAGCUCGUUGGGUAUUAUCUGAGGAAGAAGGUUGCGUCACAAAAGAUCGAUCUUGACGUCAUCAGAGAUAUCGACCUUUACAGGAUCGAACCAUGGGAUCUCCAAGAGAGAUGCCGGAUCGGUUAUGAAGAGCAAAAUGAGUGGUAUUUCUUCAGCCACAAGGAUAAGAAGUAUCCGACAGGGACGAGGACUAAUAGAGCUACCAUGGCCGGGUUUUGGAAGGCGACAGGCAGGGACAAGGCUGUGUAUGACAAGGCAAAACUCAUUGGCAUGAGGAAAACCCUCGUCUUCUACAAGGGCCGGGCACCAAAUGGACAGAAAACUGACUGGAUCAUGCAUGAAUACAGGCUUGAAUCUGAGGAAAAUGGACCUCCACAGGAAGAAGGAUGGGUAGUAUGCAGAGCUUUCAAGAAGCGAACGACAAGCCAAAGCAAGAGCAUUGAAGGGUGGGACUCAGGCUACUUCUAUGACGAACCGAGUGGGGUGAGCUCGGUGGUGGAUCCCAUUGAUUUCAUCUCAAGGCAGCCCCAGAACUUUUUAUCACAGAAUUUCAUGUGUAAGCAAGAGAUAGAAGCGGAUAACAUGGGUUUCAUGCCCUCUGAUCAGUUUGUUCAGCUUCCUCAACUAGAGAGCCCAUCUCUGCCGUUAAUAAAGAGGCCGAGCUCAAUAUCUCUGAUAUCAGAAAAUAAUGAAGAAGAAGAGCAAAUGAAUAGCGGGUGCAACAACACCAAGAAAGUGACCGACUGGAGGGCCCUUGACAAGUUCGUUGCUUCUCAAUUGAGUCAAGAAGAUAGAUUUGAGGGUGAUGGAGAAUCGAGCUUUGGCGCAAAUCAGAACUCGGAUAUGUCAUUGCUGUUAUUGCAGAGUAGUAGGGUCGACGAUGAAGAGACGAAGUUGAAUGGGUUCUUGAAUUCAAGCUCAGACUGUGACAUUGGGAUAUGCAUAUUUGAGAAAUGAAGAUCGAUUCAAUUAAGAGAUUAAGAGAUUUUCUAUUUGUGGUAUUAUAAAUGUAUGAGCUUUUAUGGAUCUUUGAGAUCAGAUCAUAAAUAUUCUUGUAAAAUAUGCUUGUGAACGAUCGAGUGAAGCAUCUCUCUCUCUCUCU